AUGGAGGAGAGACACCCCAUCCCGGAGGCACCACCGACCCCAAAGGCUGCCCACCGCCCCUCUGAGAGCGAGGAGCACAGGAGCGAGCGCCGGGAGAGCCGCGCCAGCGCCAUCUUCGGGUCCCGGCGGCAGGAUGCUCGCCAGUCCAUCUCGGAGCUGCCAGAGCACAAGGACGAGAAAAGGAGACUCUCCUGCACCCUGAGCGAGAGCAGCCUGAGCGCUGAUAGGAAACAGCCCCCGCCAAGCCAAGCUGCUGCUGGGGCUCAGCCCAGCCCUGCAGGCUCGUCCCUGUCCCCCACUGGCUUUGGUGGCCGUGUGAAGAGUGCCAGCAAGCUGCCCCCGCUGCCCCGCAAGUUCAGCCCCGCGGUGUACGAGACAUUCCUGGAGCAGAGCGAUGCUGCAGCACCAGGGAAGGUACCGGGGACAGGGACUGCAGGGGAGGCACUCAGGGCUGGCCCUGGCCCUGCUCCCACCACCCUCACGUCCCUCUCUGCUCUCAGGUGUCCCCGACAGUGGAUGGGACCAGAAGCCUCAAGUCCCCGCCGCUGCCACCACCCAAAUCCAAGCGUCUGUCACAGCUCUGACCUGAUGCCACCCCCUGUCUGUCCCCAUCCCUGCCCAGAGUGCCCCUGUGCCCAGCCAGCUGCUGGAGCCACAGCCCUGCUUGAUUCUCACCUGCUGGAGCAGCUCUGACACCCAGAGCAGAGUCCCUGUGGCACCAGGCACUGCCACCCUGUGUCCCACCAGCUCUGGACACCCCCAGGUGUCCCCUGGGGCUGGGACAUCUGGCCCUGGGUGCUUGCUGUGCCUCUGGAGCCACGCUGAGC